AUGAUCUAUAGCGCUAUUGUCCGAUUUCCAAUCGAUACCGUCGACUUCGAUGAUAUUGAGUCGACGGCGAGCGCGUCGUCGACCGACUCAUCAGCAUCGCAGAAAGCGUUUCUCGAAAUCCUAGACCGAGAAGCUCCAGCAAAGGAAUUCGCCCAGGUCAAAAAAGAGGCGAAGCAACGUAAACCAAGUGAUCAGCCUGUCUGGCCAGAGUCAUACUAUGCAUGGGUUGCUAACAUUUCCACAAGUGCCAUUUGUCUAGAUCCUUUGAAAACCGAGCAAUGCGUUCGCCGGCUAUGUUGCGGCCAUGUCUUCCAUUCGAGCUGCAUUGUUCCGUGGUACCUGCGCAAACACUACCUUUGCCCCCUUUGCACUUUGCCGUACAUCACCUCGGAGUGCGAGGGGUCCGAGCAUAGUAUAGUAGAGACUUGA